AUGUCCUCCACGCCGACGUCGACGCCGGUAAAGCGCGCCUGCGACAGCUGCCACCGCCGCAAGGUCAAGUGCAUCGGCGAGGGCACCAAGCCCUGCAAGAACUGCAUCUCGGCCGGCCUCAACUGCACCUACAAUGCCAUUCCCCAGAAAAAGGGCCCCAAGGGCUCGCGCGCAAAGGUCCUGUCGGAGCUCCGCGAGACGCAGCGCAACGCCCAGAUGCAGGCCGGCGCCUUUGGCGACCACUUUGCCAACAUCGCCCUGCAGCGCCAGCCCGGCCUGAUGUCGCUCGACCUCAUCCACACCUGCGUCGACUUCUUCUUCGCCAACAUGUACCCCAGCCAGCCCAUCCUGCACCACCAGCGCAUCCAGGAGGCCAUCAUGACCAUGGACCAGAGCGUCGAGGCCUACUGCCUCAUCUCGGCCCUGUGCGCCUACAUGCUCAUCCAGCCCAACCUGCAGCUCUCGCCCCACGUCGCCCCGCGCGGUCCCGACGGCAACCCCGUCCCCAACCUCAACUUUGGCAUCAUCCUUCUCGAGGAAUCCGUCCGCGUGCGCAAGGGCUACAACCACAUGGAGAACCCCACCCGCUAUACCGUCAUCACCUCCUUCUUCUACUUCAGCUCCUACCUGUGCCUCGACAAGCACAACACGGGCUGGUACUACCUACGUGAGGCCACCACCCACGCCCAGCUGCUGGGCAUGCACGACGAGGAGACGUACAAGACGGGCGACUUCAUCGAGACGUCGCGCCGCAGGAGGCUGUUUUGGCUGCUCUUCAUCCAGGAGAGGGCCUACGCCCUCCACAAGCACCGCCCCAUCACCCUCGACGCAACCAUUGAGCUACCGACCAUGGACGAGGACCCCACCGAGCGCGUCCAGCUGUCGGGCUUCCUGCACCUCAUCAACCUCUACAAGCCCUUCGAUCACACCUUCAUUGGCCUUUGGAACAAGGUCCGCACCGGCUGCCUGCCGGCCUGGCUGGCUCAGAUGCAGCAGCAGCUGUCCGAGGCGCUGCCCACAUAUCUCGAGAGCACAGAGGUGCAGGCCGUCGACCUGCGCACGUCGCAGCAGUGGCUACGCACGAUGGUUUGGCAACUUUCCAUCAGCCACGGCUUCAUUUCGUCCAUGGCCACCGAUAACACAAUGAGCUUCAAGUACCCCAUCGAGAUCGCGCGCGACCUCAUCACAAUGUCGAGUCAGUUCUCGCAGCAGGCGAUGGAAGUGCAUGGCGUGGGUCUGAUCGAAAAGCUCUUCGACGUGGCCUGCACGCUGACCGACGUCAUGGCCUGCGUGCCGCUCGACCAAAACUCGUUUGAGAUUGGCCCGCGCGACUACCUCGGCCGCUUCCUGGGCAUCAUCUCAACACUACGCGGCGGGCACUCGCGCUACUUGGCGCUGCUACUGCAGAAGAUCAACGAAGUCCUUCCCAACAUGGCCGUGCCAAUGCCGCGAGGCGUGAGCGCCAACUCGACGCCCACAAACCCACGCCUGGACGAGUUGUACGAGAGCUCAGCAUCCGUGUCGGCGCAGGGCUCGCACGUCGGUUCCCACGAAGCUACACCAUUCGACUCGCCGCCGCCCAUGAGCAUUCCUGUGCCCGUGCGGCAAAGCAGCCACGGUAACAUGCCCUAUCCGGAAAUGCAAGUCACGCCGCCGCUGGUGCCGCAACAACCAGGCUUCCCGACCUUUUCGACAGCAAUGGGCUUCCCUCAGACGACGACAGCGGGGCCGCCGCCCCCGGCCGUGUACCAGGCGCAGCAUAGCUCGCAUGGGGGGUUCCCUGGCUGA